GAAAGCGGCGAGAAAAGGAGCGGCGUGUAUUGAUCAUCAACCCAACCUUGUGAUACAAUUAAACUGGUGUUGGAUAGUUGAAAGUCGUAGGUUAGAGGGUAGAAAUUUAGCAAAAUGGCAGUGUAUUUGAAUAUUGUUCUAGUAUUAGCAGGAGUGGUAUGUUUAGCCAGUGGCGAUACUUAUGGUGAAUUUAAGACCUGUCAAAUGAAAGCAAGCAGUGAUUGUACCAAAUCCAGUUCAGAUUUUUCAAAUCUCGACAGUAACCAAAUUUCGAACUUUUUUCAAGAAAAAGACAACUCAUUCUGCAAUAAAAAAGCCGAAUUUUCGAAGUUGUUGGUAUGUUUUUAUGAUGCGCAGAGAAGCUGUCUGAUGGAUGAAGAUAAAAAUAUACUAGCCACUGCAGAGGAAUUCACCGGUGCUUUAGACUACUACUGUUCAAGGGUUAUGAACGAUACUAAUAAUUUCAACUUGACAUGUGUCAUGGAUUCGAAAUGUGGUCAAGAAAAACCCAGUGACAGUGAAGUAAUAACAGAUAACUCUACUCUUGCCGAAUAUAAAGUUCAACUAUGCAGUCAAUUCGAAUCUGGCGUGCCCUGUUACGGCGAAAAGUUAGAAAGCUGUCCAGCAACAAAAGAAACUUUGAUGGAAAUUAUGAAGCUGGUUAAACCGGCAGCUUGCAGUGGAACGUCCAUUUUUUAUAAUUCUGUUUUAAUUUUCUUCUCUUUCUAUCUUUUUAAAUUUUUCAUGUAGCUUUUUUUACCAAUAAACAUUUUUAAUAUAAA